GUGUAGACAGUGCACAGUGCUGUAGCCUAUGAGCGACGAGGAGGACAUCGGAGAGGAUGGUCGGAGGAUCUUGAGAUCAGCUAGAGGCCCGAGAGCUCACGUGUCCCUCGGACCGGAGGGUGAUAGGAUUCUGUUCCGUCGGCUUAGGGCGAGACAGCAGGAGCAGAGGAGGGCUAGAUCAGCCGAGGCCAGCAAAACUUUAGUUAGCGAGGCCGGUGCUACGGCAGCCAUGGCCACUACAACCAUGGUCACUUCUGCACAACAGACUUCCCAAGCCGGUAGUUCAGGUGCCGUCGGGUCAACGGUCGCGCAGACCGUGAGUCAGUCCACUGGCAUUAUGGCAAGCCAGGCCGCGGUGUUGACUCUAGAAGAUGUCGUCGUCCAGCAGGCAACUUUGCAGGAGGCACAACUUCAGCGGCCAUUAGGAGAGAUAAAAGCGGAAAAGGAAAAAAUGAUCAAAAGAAGAGCCAGGAUGCAGCGGAGAGGGGCAGAUAUAGAGGAGUUAGAGACGAUGGAACUGAACAAUAUGGAUGAUGAUGUGAGGGUAGUUAGGAGGGCCCUGCUAGGCGUAAUAGAGAUGCAGGAGCAUCAAACUACCAUCCUUCAGGACAUUCAACAGAGCCUAGCCGUUUUGGCAGGCCGUGCUCAGGCAGCACCAUCACCAGUCGGGCCUGGUGCGUGGCCCGUGCCGUAUCCUCCCUUUUCUGUCCCAUCGGUGACAGGGGUAUCCCCAUAUGUAGCCCCUUCAUCGGUUGCUAUCGUUUCCCUAGGCAUGCCGCUGUCAGGAGGGGUAAGAGCAGGGAGUAGUUUGCAGGUUCCUGUACAGACAGUGUUCACUCCAAGUCCGUCGCAGGUUGCAGUCACCACGCAGCCAGCUGUCUCGCAGCCUGUGCAGCCUCAGGGCACGCAGCCCCAACAGCUAGCACAACAACCUGUGUCACCAGGUCCACAGCCCGGAGUGAUGCAGGGACCGGGACAAACGCAGUGGGUUCCAAAGACGGCGAUCGCCGCUCCCCAACCUUUUGCAGGGGACAAGAGAGGCGAAGACCUUGACACAUAGAACCUGUUGGCAAAAGAGGCCAACAUCAACAUGCACAACUUUCCUUCGUUUAGCAAGGUGGCCCUAGACCUUGAGGCAAAGAUAGGGCAUGGACAGGCACCCACUACUGACGGGAGAAAGAAGACACUAUCUCCCAACUGGAAGGCGAAGGGUCGCAUCAUGUUUGUUGACAACGAUGGUUCAACCAUCGAGUUGGACGGCAACUUCCAGGAGGGAGUAGGUUCACAGGCGGGCAACGUAGAAGCUUCAGAGGGUGGAGUAGAUGCUGCCGUUUCUCAAAAAGGAUCAGAGCAGCAGCAAUUGUGGGGGCAGGAGUUGGAAGAGGAGGGCAAGCAGCAGGCAAAGAAAGAUGGGGUAAAGAUGGCCCAGCAGCAGGAUGGGAGAGGGGAGAAGGAGUUGGAGACGAUGGCGGAGGGAGUUGAGGAAGGGGAGAGGGAAGAAGAGGUUUCCACUGUGCGAGUGGGUGCGAAAAAUGUCUGGACGACUGUCAGUAACAAACUGAGGCCUAGUGUCGGUGGCGUACAACCUGCCAGGGAACGGUUGGCUGUGCCGUCUGCACCUGAGCUGAGUUUGCAGGUCUUGGCACCAGAACCACAGAGGGAAUUGCUGGACCUUGUCUUGCAGACACUGCGAACAGAGGAUAUCGCCAGGAAAUGUUGGCAAUACGUUUGACGAGAGCGAUGUGAAAGGUGAUGCAAGAUGGAAUACGUAUUGCGCAGACAAGU